CCCAGCCUCCCCUCCUCCUCGUCUCGUUAUCUAUUCUUUCUACUUCGCCUUCUGCACCCGACCGUCUUCGGCGAAUCCAACCGCCCACAACGAACAGUGAGCUCACGCGCCACUCUCUCUCUCUCUCUCUCUAUGCCUACCAUUUUCCAUUAGGUGUUGGAGCUUUAAUGUGUAAUUUACAUAGCAGCUGAGCUCUUUGUUGAAGGAUAUGAGCACCAUGCAGCUUACUGCCUGCCGGCCGAAACUCUAUGCCGGAAAUAGACCUCAAUCGCACUGCCUCCCUUCUAAGCCAUGUAUUUUACCCAUCCAUGCUGAUUUUGUCCCUAGGACUUCUUUGAGGCUGGCCCCGAAUGCAUCACAUCACCAACAAGUCAUGCCUGUGUCGAAGUACCAGCAAAACAUGCCUGUUUGCUUGUUAGGGGCUAAAGGAAGCAUGGAAGGUGGCAAUGGGGGUUCUCCAUGGCAAGCUCUUAAGAACGUUUUUGGAAGGUUUAAGGGAAAGUCACUAGAAGGUGAAUUACGGCAGCAGCUUGAGAAGAAACAAUUCUAUGAUGACAGUGGCAGUGGCAGUGGCAUAAAGCGUCCACCAGGAGGAGGUGGUGGUGGUGAUGGGGAUGGUGGGGAUGGUUCUGGUGAAUCAGAGGAUGAAGGCCUUGCUGGAAUCAUUGAUGAAACUGUUCAAGUGAUUUUAGCGACCAUCGGCUUUAUUUUCCUGUACGUUUACAUCAUCACUGGUGAGGAGCUGACCCGGCUAGCAAAGGACUACAUCAAGUAUUUAUUUGGUGGAAGUCGGAGUAAUCGUUUAAGGCGUGCCAUGUACAAGUGGGGAAGGUUUUACAAGAAGAUGACGGAGAAGAAGAAGUAUGAUAAGUUUUGGUUGGAAAAGGCAAUUAUCGGUACCCCAACUUGGUGGGACAGCCCUGAAAAGUACCGGCGUCUCAUUAUGUCGUUAGGAUCAGAAGGAUCAAAUUCUGAUGAGUAAUCAGGAGUUCAGUUGUAUCAGCCUACCUUCCCGACCUUUAGGUUAUUGCAUUUCCUGCUAGUGUUGCAAGAUGGUAUCAAUUUUUUGGUAAAAUUUACAUAAAUCAUGGUUAGACAUGGUUAGACAUGGUGAGAGCCUUUGUCGCUAAAAUUGUUCUGUGAUUGUCAACAUAUGAAAAUUCUCUGGUUUCUUUGGC